UGUCAGCGAGAGUCGCUGCGAUAAACCAGAGCCGUAUACAGAGCAGUUAACACAAUUUCAUACGCCUGGUUGAGUUUAUAUUUAGAGCCGCCAAUGUCGUAAUUACAGUAAUGAUAGCAGCAUGAUUGCCAACUGUUAAAUAAUAUGGCAUGUAGGUCAUUAAGGUUUCAGUUGGGGGGACGCCAUUAGGCCGGCAAAGGCAGGACUGCCACAGUGACUCAACACCGUUCAUCCACUACUCUGGUUUAGCCCCCUCCUAUGCUAGCAGCGGCUAGCUGACAAAAACAUUAACCACUCCCAAAGUUGUACAUUUAUCCGGUGACUGCUCUGUCAGUCCACGGUGUUAUUGCGAAACCGAUGCAGAAACAGCGGGCAGCGCUCGCACUUCUGUAUCUCCGACCACAGGAGGUCCGCGCUCAGUUUCUUCACCAUGGGCAGCAGCUGCAGUAACCACCUCGGGAUCCCUCCAGGCAACGGCCCAAACGCUGUGGGCUGCACUGACUUCAUGAUGGACCACACUGCAGAGGGCACCUUCUUCCGGCUGUACUAUCCCUGUCAGGAGAUGGAAAGUGCAGGGAAGCCUGACUGGGUCCCAUACAAGGAGUACUUUAAUGGUUUGGCUGACUUCAUGAAAAUGAACAGGGCCCUCAGUGAAAGGAUCUUCAACUACCUCUUUGGUUCCUUCAAGAUCCCAGCCUAUUUGGAUGCUCCAUUUAAAUCGAAUGAAAAAUGUCCCGUGAUCAUCUUCUCCCACGGCUUGGGAGCCUUUAGGACCUUGUAUUCAGCGAUAUGUGCAGAAAUGGCCUCUCAGGGCUUCAUCGUGGCAUCAGUGGAACACAGAGACCAGUCGGCGUCAGCUACGUAUUAUUUUUGUGAGAAGCCAGAGUCAGAAAGGUCAAAUGCAAGUUUGACAAAAUCAUCCGGUGCCACCCAACAGAACUUGGUAAAGGAGUGGAUGUACUACAGAGCUCUGCAGCACGGAGAGAGCGAAUUCCCCCUCAGAAACAAACAAGUGAAACAAAGAGCAGAUGAAUGCAUUCUGGCUCUGGAUAAACUCACUGAAAUCAACUCAGGAAUCUCAGUGCAGAAUGUUCUGGAGACGCACUUUGACUGGUCAACGCUGAAGAACUCCAUGGACCUGUGCAGGAUAGCAGUGAUGGGCCAUUCGUUCGGAGGAGCAACAGUCAUAGAGGCUCUGUGUAAAGAGGUUAAAUUCAAGUGUGGAGUAGCGCUAGACUCCUGGAUGACUCCUUUAGACGAUGAGAUCUUUCCUCGGGUGAAGCAGCCAAUCUUUUUCAUCAACUCAGAGAAGUUCCAGUGGGCGGGAAACAUCAGCCGCAUGAAGAAGCUCGACUCGGCCGUCAUACAGAGGAAAAUGAUCACCAUCAGAGGUACAGUCCACCAGAGUUUCCCAGACUUCACCUUUCUCACAAGCAACUGGAUUGGGAAGCUGAUGAAACUCAAAGGAGAGAUCGACCCAGAGCUCGCCAUAGACCUGUGCAAUAAAGCAACACUAGCGUUUCUGCAACGCCAUCUCGGCCUGGAGAAGAACUUUAACCAGUGGGAUCCUCUGAUCAACGGAGAAGAUGAAAACCUCAUCCCAGGAACUAAUGUCAACUUGCUUCAGUCCGCCAUCUGAACCGGCUCUGUGCCUCUUAUACUGUGGCCUCUCACAUUCGCCUUGGGCGCAGGAGUCAGUGCAAAGGGUUUAAAAUGUCAAGUCAGGCCUACUUGGCAUUUUUUAAGCAGUAAUCAGAUGGAAAUCUAAUCUCUACCUCAUCAAAGGAUGGAUUUAUUUUUUCUGGAUGGACCAAGCACUCAGCGUAGUGUUUGUUUCAGGAGGCCUGAAUGUUGCAUACGAGCAGCUUGAAACUUUCUUCUCACUGUUGGUGACAUCUUUACUAUUAGCUGCAAUUUCUUGAACAAAUCUUUGUAAUCAGUUUUUAUCUUUUAGUGUAAAUAAAUCCAAAUGUUUCUGUACCUCUUUGGACCUUUGAGCAAAGACAAGGUACUCUGAUUGCUGUGUGAUUAUGUAAUGCGGCCUAUGAUGACCAUCUUAAGUUAUAGAAUAGAAAAAGAUGAUUAUAGAAUUAUGUGAUAAAGAUUAUUAGACAAGCUAGCAUGUUAAAGGCAUCCAGUAACUUCAAGAACAUCUUUCAAUGAAUAUUGUAAACACUAAAAAGCUGCUUUAAAUAUCCCAUUGGCCAUAAGCCACCGUACAGUUCUUUCCUUGGUCAGUGCUAUGUAACUUUUAUACACUUCAUUUAUACACAACAGAAAUCCAAUAAAUCUGGUUUCUUUACAAA